AUGGAUGCCCACAUCAACGUCCAAAACUUCGGUCCGAUAGAAAAGGCAGAGAUAGAUCUGCGUCCGCUGACUGUAUUCGUCGGCGAGAAUAACACCGGCAAGACUUAUCUCGCCGCACUCAUCUACGCAUUACACCAAAAUUUUGAGGGCAUCUCACAAUUACCUUGGGCAGACUCUGUUACUUCCUAUUUCAGUUUUGCUUACCGUUCGCGAGACCGAUAUUCACAAAGUCAGCAGGAUGCGUUACAACAAGAUAUGUUAGGGGUACUUGAAAAGUUAAACACGCCGGGAUGUCCGUUCAAAUUUUCCGAUUUACCUCAGCUGAUACAUGCCGGGUUGGAGUCUCGACUCACAGAUCAGGAAGACUUCACAAACGAGCUUGAACGGUGUUUCGACCUUGAAUCUGCUUCCAAGUUAAUUCGGUUCACGGGGAGCCGAGGCAACGAAAUGAAAGUUUCACUGUCGGUUCGCGAGGGUAAUCAAAGGUAUUGGGAUUUUGAAGCGAGGGCCGCUGGAUCCGCCGAUCCCACUAUAACCGGGCACAUCAAUCCGGACAUGAUUCUCCUCGACGCAAACGACUCAAUGCGUAAGACUGAAUUCAAUGAAAUAUCCGAUGUUGAACGUCUAUUUCGGAACUUAGGCAUCCGUCGGUGGCGAACAAAUUCCUACUACUUGCCUGCCGCUCGGAGCGGCAUCAUGCAAAGCCACGGUGUGAUUGCGACUGCCCUGAUCAAGCGGGCAACGCGCAUCGGUUUAGAUCGCCUUGAAGUAUCUACAUUUUCAGGAAUGAUAGCGGAUUUUCUGGAGCAGAUUGUCCGCUACAAAGAACGCAAGGGAUCGUCAAGCAGUAUACGUCGUGUCGCUGAACAACUGGAGGCGGAACUGCUGGAGGGCAAAAUAGAGGUUAAACGCCCCACGUCAGAAGCGUAUCCGGAAUUCUGUACCGUCCAGAUCAGGCGAAAGAAGGCUUACGGAUGA